AAUCGAGCCAGCUAUCUCCCUCACCAUUCACGUCACCUUAAAUCAUUUUAUAAUUAUAAUAAUAAUCCCCAAAUCCCCAUUACCCAUACAUGAUUUCUUGAGGUUUAAUCUCAACAAAAUUAGGGUUUCAUUUCCAUCGGUAGUGUGAACUUAUUUCAUGAAGAAAAGAUCGAAUCUUGAAAUCACACUACCGGAAGAAACCAAACCCAAGAAAUCCACCCAUUUAAUCUCUUUUUCCCAAUUCACAUUGACCCCAAAUUACCCUAUUUCAAAACCAGAAAUGCAGAGGGUUGUUGUUAAGGAUCAACACAGUUUGAAACCUGUGAAAGCUGUGACGAUUCAUGCGUGUGCUCAGUCUGGAGAUGUUGCCGGUGUGCAGAAGCGGGUUCGUGAGAAUCCGGCACUUGUUAAUGAUCGGAACCCUGUUAUGGCAAAUACGCCCCUUCAUGUUGCCGCCAGUCAUAACAGGGUUGAAGUGGUUAAGUUUCUUUUAAACUUCGCAGGGCCUGAAACUGUUGACUUGGAAGCAAAGAAUAUGUAUGGAGAAACUCCUUUGCACAUGGCUGCUAAAAACGGUUGUAAUGAAGCUGCAGCGCUUCUUCUCUCUCACGGGGCUUCGACCGAAGCCAAAGCAAAUAAUGGAAUGACUCCAUUGCACCUUUCGGUUUGGCACUCGCUUAGAGCCGAAGAUAACUCAACUGUGAAAACAUUGCUCGAGCAUAACGCUGACUGUAGUGCCAAAGAUGAUGAAGGUAUGACUCCGUUGAAUCAUCUAUCAGAAACCGGAAACGAGAAGUUGCGGGCCCUACUCAACUCUUACUUAGAAGAGCAGAGAAAACGUAAAGCCAUUGAAGCAUGCAGUGAAACAAAGGCUAAAAUGGAUGAACUUGAAAAAGAGUUAUCGAAUUUAGUGGGCCUACAUGAGCUUAAGUUGCAGCUUAGAAAAUGGGCUAAAGGGAUGCUUUUAGAUGAAAGACGAAGGGCCCUCGGUUUAAAAGUCGGAACCCGAAGACCUCCUCACAUGGCCUUUCUUGGCAAUCCGGGAACAGGUAAAACUAUGGUAGCUCGGAUUCUUGGGAAGUUACUUUUUAUGGUUGGAAUUUUACCAACCAAUAAAGUAACGGAGGUACAAAGAACGGAUUUAGUUGGAGAAUUCGUUGGGCAUACCGGACCCAAGACUAGGAGAGUGCUAAAGGAGGCUGAAGGUGGGAUAUUAUUUGUAGACGAAGCAUAUCGAUUAAUACCCAUGCAAAAAUCAGACGAUAAAGAUUACGGUUUGGAAGCACUUGAAGAGAUUAUGUCCGUAAUGGACAACGGUAAAGUAGUUGUCAUUUUCGCAGGCUAUAGCGAACCAAUGAAGCGCGUAAUUUCUUCCAAUGAAGGUUUUUGUAGAAGAGUGACGAAAUUUUUCACCUUUGAUGACUUUAGUACCGAAGAUUUAGCCAAUAUUCUUCAUUUAAAAAUGAAUAAACAAAUAGAGGCCAGUACAUUAUACGGGUUUAAAUUGCACCCUUCGUGUACAGUCAAAACCGUUGCGGAUUUGAUAGAGCGUGAAACAACGGAGAAACAACGUAAGGAGAUGAAUGGUGGUUUAGUGGAUCCUUUGUUGGUUAACGCUCGAGAGAAUUUGGAUUUAAGGCUGAGUUUUGAUUGUUUGGAUACCGAUGAAUUGUUGACGAUUACUUUAGAAGAUUUACAAGGCGGGAUCAGGUCGUUUUCAAAAUGAUGAAGAUAAAAGGCGGGUUCUUUUGAUCCUUUCUUGUUAUGCGAUGUAUGUUGUUAUUUUUUCGAUAUUUAUGUGCUUAUAGUUUAUUGAAAUUAAUGGAGUGUUAGACUUGGUUAACAAUUUGAUUGUAUUUUUCAUGUAAAUUUUCAUUGAAUUAUUAAAAUGGUGUAUCCAACAUUACAGUAAUGUGACUGUUAUUGUUUUGAUGAAAGAUGAUGUUCAUGUU